AUGUUUGGAUCUCUCUUCUCUCGCAACCUCAAAGUUGAGGAGCACAACAUGAUGAACCAAGCAACCCCCGCACAAUCGCAGAGCCCUGCGGUGGAGGCGCAAGCGGCUGGCGUGCAGAAAGGGAAGUCCAAGGUCAAAUUGACCGCUGGCGAUGGAGCGAGGCGUGACGGUGCAGAGGUAGAGAACGAAAAUGCCCGAGACAGCGAUGGCUCCGGCGACCCAGAGGGGGAAGAAGAGGACGAGGAAGAGGAGGAAGAGGACGAGGACGAGGAAGAGGAUGAUGACGAUGAUGAUGUGGACAACUUCACAACCUCGGAGAUUGUAACCGUCCACGUCGGCCCGAAGCGCAAACGCUUCCACCUCCAUCGCGACCUGAUCUGCCAGCGCUCUCCCUUCAUGGAAAAAUGCCUUCAAAAGAACCGCUUCGACGAGGGUUACAAGAAUGAACUCUACCUUCCGGAAGACGACCCAAAGGCAUUCAGCAUAGUGGUCGAGUGGAUAUAUCGAGGAAGACUGCCCGUCUUUGGGACUUUUGGGACGAGUGCAAUUGGUAGUGGAAGUACGGCAGGCGCAAGAGGGACCACCGGGCUAGAUAUGUGUGACAUGUCGCAGGCGUAUUGCAUGGCGGAUAAGUUUGGCAUGGAGGAGCUGCAGAACGGCAUCAUGGAUUGUAUCCGGACGAAUUAUAGACUGGGCAGUGGCAGUGGCAGUGGCAGUGGGAACGGCCAUAAUCACAGUCACAUCCAUCACAUUAUUGGUGGAGGACACGGCAGCAACAGAGACGCCAGCAGACCGAGCCUCGUCUCAAGCCUAUCCGCACCAGGAGCAGACAGAGACGCCCAAACCGGGUCCGACUCAACAGCGUCUGCAAACCUCCGCCCCAACUAUUCAGCCCUCGCCCUCGUCCACCUCCACGGACCGCACAAAUCACCGCUGAAACGCUUCUUUAUCGAGCACCUCGUCCACCAUAUGAUGACAUUUCCGCGCUACUACCAUGAUCACCUCAGGAAAAGCGUUGCGGACGACACCGACCGCGCGGAAUUUGAAGAACUCUUCAAGAUCCCGGAGUUGGCGAUGUUGAUCAUGCGCAAGGUAUGGCAAUGGCAAAUCGAAAAGUUUGGCGACCCAGCGAGGGACAAGGGCUGCGCCUACCAUGUGCAUUCCACCACGCAGUGCGACUCCAAAUUGAAGGCUGCUUCUUCCAUGGCGGGGAAAGGCUCUGCUGGAAAUCGGCCGAUCGGAUCAGGGCUGGGAGGAAGCCCAAGUACGCAUCCGGCAGUGCUUUUGCAGAGCUUAGCCCGAAACCAACAGAACCAGAGUAGUUGGAUGGGUUCCCCGUCGACGAGUUUGGGCGGGUGGCAUCCUGGCGUUGGGUGGUAG